GCUGAGACCAAUCCAAGUUCAGUCGUCACAACAACAACAACAACAACAACAACAGUUGCACCAAAGCCCAACCCCUCGUCCAGAUGGUCCAAGAUAAAGAUUGUCACCAAGCAGGCUGGAGACGAGUGCAUCACCGCCAUCGAGAUAGUCCCCCCUGUGGAGGGAGCCGAGAGGCGCUCCAUCCCCAUCAGCCGGCCCAGAACCGUGGCCCGAAAGUUCGCCAGCAUCGCCAGAAGUCAAGUAAAGAGGAAGAGGCAGAUGGCUGCCAGAGAAAAGAAGGU